UCUGACCGGGUAGGAUGGGGGAAGGCAGCGGGCAUUCACCACCACCUCUCCCUCUUUUCUGGCAGCACCCAGCACAGCCGCAGAGCCAAAGCACGCAGGAUAUGGGCAAAAAAACAACUUCUUCCCCUGUGAGGCUGGACUGAGAGCAGCCGGACUUGGUGCUCAUGCUGAGGCUUUCGGCCGCAAGGAGCCCGGCCGGAAUAGAUUUACUGCUAAUCCAGAAUAAGGAGUAUGUGAGGUAACCUGCUGGGCUCUUUUUACUUUUUACUUCCAUCGUCAGGCCUGUGAGAAGUUGUGAUCCGGCCUCUUUGAGGAUGCCAUCUUCUUUGUAGUCACUCUUGAGAAAACAAAAACCUGUUGGUGCUGGAAGUUGAUGGCCAAAUGUAGAGUGGCCGAUGAAAAGCAGUUUAGUGGCACAAUGUCGGCGUCUCAGGGGAUGAAUCGCAGCGGCGUCUACAACUACUUCCUCAACAUGGUGGCCUAUCAGAUUUGCUGUUGCUGUGGACCGGCUCCCUGCUCGCUCUGCUGUGCCUUCUGUCCUCCGGUGCAAUCGUCCACCACCACGCGGAUCAUGUACACCCUGUUCCACAUCAUGAGCUGCGCCGUCUCCUGCCUCAUGCUGUCCCGCACCGUCUCCGAGCUCGUCAGGGAAAAUGUGCCUUUCUUCAACAUGGUGUGUGACCAGGCGCACGGCGGGGGUCACUGUGAGAUGCUGGUGGGUUACUCGGCGGUCUACAGAGUGUGCUUCGGCACUUCCUGUUUCUACCUGAUGAUGGCCAUCUUCCUCAUAGACGUGAAGUCCAGUCAGGACUACAGAGCGCUCAUACACAACGGUUUCUGGUUCCUGAAGUUGAUCACUCUGCUCGGGAUGUGCAUGGCCGCCUUCUUCAUCCCCACAGAGUCCUUCCUGCAUGCUUGGCAUUAUGUGGGUGUGGUGGGGGGAUUUGCCUUCAUCCUCAUCCAGCUCAUCCUCAUCACAGCUUUUGCGCACACCUGGAACAACAACUGGUUGACCGGAGCAGCAGAGAACAAGCGUUGGUAUAUCGCGGUGAUGUGUGCCACCCUCUUCUUCUACACUAUCGCCACCAUGGCCUUCACUUUCAUGUACAAGUACUACACACACCCCGUGGCCUGCCAGUUCAACAAGGCCCUGCUGUGGAUCAACCUGGGGCUCUGCGGCCUCAUGUCCUUCAUUGCCGUCACACCGUGCGUGAAGCAGAAGCAGCCUCGGUCGGGGCUCCUCCAGGCCUCCAUCAUCAGCUGUUACGUCAUGUAUCUCACUUUCUCUGCGCUGUCCAGCCGCCCGCCAGAAAAAGUGGUGUAUCAGGGCAUGAACAUGACCGCCUGUUACCCCAGCGUGGGACAACAUGACAUCCAGAAUGACGGCAACGCUGUGGCCAUCAUUGGAGCAGCCAUCAUGUACUGCUGUGUCCUCUUUGCAUGUAAUGAAGCUUCCUACCUGGCAGAGGUGUUCGGCCCGUUUUGGAUGAUCAAAGUUUAUCGCUAUGAGUUCCAGAAAGCCACCUGCUUCUUCUGCUGCCCUGAGGAGGAGGAAGCUGAGGAAGAGUUUGUGAUGGAUGACGACAGCAAAGGCUGUCAGAAGGUUGUCCACAACGAGACGCAGAGAGUGGCCUACAGCUACUUCUUCUUCCACUUCGUCUUCUUCCUGGCCUCGCUCUACGUCAUGAUGACCCUCACUAACUGGUUCAGCUAUGAGUCAGCAGUUUUGGAGACCACCUUUACCCACGGCAGCUGGUCUACCUUCUUGGUGAAGAUGUCGUCGUGCUGGGCCUGUGUGAUCCUCUACCUCUGGCUGCUGCUGGGCCCUCUGUGCAGCUGCCAGUCCGAAUCAAGACCUCGACGCUCACGCAUUAAACGGCGCUCAGGAUUGUCCCGUCACGUGCACGUCAGUGUGUGACACGCUCUGGAAGAGGAGUGAGGCGGACAUGGCACGAUGUGGACGAGCGAUCAUCUCCCCUCGGUGGCCUGCAGGAGGGGAUUAUCAGAACUGAAGUUCACAGGCGUCAGGGGUCAAAGACUCACAGGGCUGUGAAUGGACAGAGUGCUCUGUUGAUAUAAGACGAACUGGAUAAAGACUUAAGCCCCUGUCACACUGUCCCGAAAUGUACACCCGAUGGACACACGAAUAUUGAAUUGUGAAUUUCGCACGAAGAUGGCCCCGAACCACACACAAAGGCAACAUUUACAUUACAUUUAAGACAUACAACUGCAACGAAAGUAACACAAACAAUUAUGUUAA